GUCGAACAUUCCCAACAGCAGCACCUUGUUCCUACCCUCGCUGUGCGCACUUCCCUGUUCGACUCUACGCGCCUCCCUCGACACCUGAUUUCAGUUACGACACCGUUACUUCCAUUCUUAUUCGACUAUUCUUACCUCCAACGCGAUCGCGCCGCGCCUAGGGAAGGUUCAUUGCUCUACUCGAGAUUGCAUAGAAGGAACGAGGUAGAGACACCAUGAACGCACCUGACAGAUUCGAGCUCUUCCUGCUAGACGAUGGCCAGCAGAAAGUAGAGUACAAGGAAGAAACCCGCGUCCCCAACACCGGCAUCUUCACCUUCAACAAGGAGGAUCACACGCUCGGCAACCUCAUCUCCCAGCGCCUCCUCAAAUACGAUUACAUCGUCUUCGCCGCUUACAAAGUCCCGCACCCGCUCUUCGCGACCUUCGAGCUGCGCGUCCAAACCGAUGGAACUUGCACGCCCAAGGAGGCCAUCAUCAAGUGCUGCCACGAUGUCGUCAAGGAUCUCGAGGUCCUGAAGGGCAGCUUCACGACCGAGUGGCUGGGCAAGAAGAUUGUCAGCGAGGGCGAGGCUGAGAGGAACGCGCGCGAGCAGAAUCAGUUCUAGAAGACCGUCAUGUGAUGCGCGUGUUUCUGUAGGUGUGUGGAGUGAAAAUUGGGCGAGAGUGGAUUGAUUGUGUUAUGCGCGGAGAUGAAGAUGGAAAUGCAUACCUUGGCGUUUUUGAAGAGGGGUGACCUCUGCACGGUCUGGCGUUAUGGUCUGGCAUGAUAUCACGGCAUUGUUCACAUUGUCUGGCUUAGGUUCAGAAGUCCGUAUGAAUAGGUAGUUAAGUUUGUGGGUCGGACAUGUUCAACUAGAUGCCGCUCAAUGCAGUGGACAAAUUCAAAGCGUGUU